AUGGCCCCCUUACCAGAUUCACGAGUCACACCUUCCCGCGCUUUUGGCCACACGGGUGUCGACUACGCCGGGCCUUUUUCAGUACUUGCGUCAAAAGGACGAGGCAUACGCACUACGAAGGGUAACAUCGCUGUCUUCGUGUGCAUGACGACAAAGGCUCUACACCUCGAGCUCGUCGGUGAUCUCUCCACAGCCGCCUUCCUAGGCGCUCUCGCUCGGUUCACCGGUCGUCGCGGUCGACCCUCUGAACUCUGGAGCGACAAUGCCACUUGCUUUCGCCGCGCUGAUCUGAAGCUGCUCGAGGCGUUACAAAUUGCGGAGAUCGACUGGGACCUCGUUGCCGGCUCUCUCGCUUCGCAAAGUAUUGCUUGGCACUUCAUCCCCCCCGGAGCUCCACAUUUCGGCGGACUCUGGGAAGCCGCCAUCAAGUCAGUCAAAGGCCACCUCCGACGCGCAAUAGGCUCCCGUCAUCUGACCUACGAGGAAUUCUCCACCGUACUAGUUGGGAUUGAGAUGGUGCUCAACGGAAGGCUUUUGACACCGCUCUCCGGCGACCCUUCCGACCUCGAGGUACUUACACCAGGCCACUUCCUUGUUGGAGCCCCACUCGAUUCCAUCAUCCAGCCCGGGCCUCCCACUGAGAACUUGGACGCUCUCUCGCAUUGGGACCUCGUGAGAGCAAUUCGGGCUCAGUUCUGGUCACGCUGGAGCCGAAAGUACCUUAAUACACUCCAGCAGAGGCCGAAAUGGACCGUUGCUCGCCGAAUUCUUGCCGUCGGUGACUUCGUCAUCUUACUGGACGCCACCCUCCUCCAAUCGAGCGGUUGUUGGCCGCUAGGUCGCAUCAUUCGCGCCCAGCCAGGUCCUGAUGGGUUGGUGCGCGCGGUCACCGUGAGCAACUGGCGAGUACGUGCGACCGAUUGUCAAACUGGCCUUGCUCCACGUAGCAAACCCCAGUCCACCAACGCCACCCCCUGA